CCAGGAGCCGUAGGCGGAGGAUCUUGCAGACAGAGCCAGAGAGCUGGGUGCCUGCAGGAGCUCUGUCAGCUCUCAGGAGCCUCUGGGAGGAGAAAGAGCCGGGAAAGCCUGACUUGAUGGGUACAAGUCCAGAGCUUUUUGCUGCCUUUCCCGUGACUCCCACUGGUGCUCACGUGGCAGGCUGGCCGUUUGAUGGUUAUUCUCUUGUCCUGUCCAGUGCUGUGGCCAGCACCUAUGACUCAGUCUUAGCAGGUUUUAUCAGUAUCAACCUGCUGAUAACUGCCAUUGGAGAAGAUCCAGCAGGAGAAGGAGAGGAAGGGAGAGCAGCAGCUGCCACGUACCUCGUUGGCUUUGUGAUCCUGGUCAUCUGUUUCGCCCUCGCAGUCAUCGCGUUCUCGAUCGAGAUACUCCGCUUCAACUUUGUGCGAGGAAUUGGAGGCUUGCUCUUUGUUGUUGCUGCAUUCCAAAUCAUAGGCUUGGUCAUCUACCCAGUGAAAUUCGCAGAAGAAAUUCCACUGACGGGAGAUAACAUGUUCAGCUGGGCUUAUGGCUUUGGUUGGGCCAGCACUGUUGUUGUAAUAGGUUGUGCUUUCUUCUUCUGCUGCCUCCCCAACUGGGAAGAUGAAGUCCUGGGAAACAUCAAGCCUACUUAUUACUACUCAUCCCCAGAGAGAGCACCAUACUUAAAUUGAAAGAUUAAAUCCAAGUACAACCAACUGUCGAAACAGUAGAGGAGCACCUCUGAUGUAAAUUUGGUGCGAUUAUAGGAGACUGAAAAAACCACCUUAUUUCUCCAGAGUAUUUCUUACUAGCCCUGGCAAUAAAUUAGUAAAAACAUUGGCAUCUUUAAGCAAACAGCUUUUACCCAAAGUAUUAUUUACGUAUUCUCAUGUCGAUUCUGUUUGGGUGGUUUACUUGCUCCUUCCCCUCCCGACUAAUUGAGUCAUCCUUAUUUUAUUCAAACAUUUGCUUAUGAAUAAAGAUGUAGUGUUUCAAGUGUAGAAAGGAAGAGGAGAGAUUUUAAACAAUCCAUUAGAGGGACCUGCAAGUUAUUUUGUUUUCACCUCUGACAAAAUUGCCUUAAAUGGAACUAGAAAAAAAACAGCCUUCCAAAGAAUGUUUUUUUUUUUUCC